CAAAUAGCCUCCAUGGAGUUCCCGUUUUCCUCACACCAUCUCCAUCUCUUCUUCUAGCCAGCUUGUCGAUUGAACCAGCUUCUCCCAAGGCAGCGCUCAUGGCCGCUUCUUCUAGCUUGCCGUCAGCUGCAAGCUGCGGCCUCUUGCUCGCGGCAGCCCUGGUCCUACUUCUCAGCCACGGCGCUCACGCCCAAGGUGGGUUGAGCUCGUCGUUCUACGACAACUCAUGCCCUAGCACACGGGACAUUGUCCGGCGGGUCAUCCAGGACGCCCGGGUCGCCGACGCGCGCAUCCCGGCCAGCCUCAUCCGCCUCCACUUUCAUGACUGCUUCGUCAACGGCUGUGACGGUUCCCUCUUGCUCGACGAGGACCUCCAGGCGGGUAUCAUGACGGAGAAGAAAGUCCCCGCCAACGACCGGUCAGCGCGCGGGUUUGACGUGGUCGACGACAUCAAACGCACCCUGGAGAACGCUUGCCCCGGCAUCGUGUCUUGCGCCGACAUCCUCACCCUCGCCGCCGAGAUCUCCGUCGAGCUGGCCGGAGGGCCGUACUGGAGCGUGCCGCUCGGUCGCCGCGACGGCACCACGACAAACAUCGAGAGCGCCAUAAACCUCCCGAGCCCCUUCGACCCCUUGGAGACGCUCCAGGAGAAGUUCAAGAACCUGGGCCUCGACGACACCGACCUCGUCGCCCUCCAGGGAGCGCACACCUUCGGGCGGGCGCAAUGCCAGUUCACGAUGCGGAACUGCACGAACGGGCAGGCUGUGGGGGCGCUGGUGAAUCUCGACGGGGUCACCCCUGACGUGUUCGAUAACAAGUACUACGGCAACCUCCUGCGGGGGCGCGUCGAGCUCCCGUCCGACCAGGUUAUGUUGUCCGACCCCGUCGCUGCGAUGACCACCGCGCCGAUUAUUCGCAGGUUCUCCGGGAGCCAGAGUGACUUUUUCAGUAACUUUGCAACCUCCAUGAUCAAAAUGGGGAACAUUGGCCCACUGACCGGAAGAGAUGGGGAGAUUAGGAAGAACUGCCGGAGAUUGAACAAGUAACCAUAUUGAUGAACAAAAUUCGAUGUUGGUCGGUUAGCAUAAAAUUUGAUUGGUUAUUAUUGGACAACUUGCAGCUUGUAUAAAUGCUUCUAUAAAUUGUAGUUCUAAUUCGUUGUAACCGUGAAGUUUUCCUUCUCCAUUGUAUAAAAGGUUUGAAGUUUUCCUUACCCUUUCAUGGGAAGUCAGAAAUAAACGUUCCUUCUUUGCUA